ACCAAGUUCACAUCGCUUUUACUUCUGAGUCCAUCGCAUCGCAAGCAGAAAAAAAGCAACAUAUUGAUCUCCCAAAAAUCAAAUCGAACGAGCAAAAACUAGGGCUUUCAACACUAACAUCACCAAGCUAUCAACUGAAAAAUGGCGAGGUACGACAGAGCAAUCACCGUGUUCUCGCCGGACGGUCACCUCUUCCAAGUCGAAUACGCCCUCGAGGCCGUCCGCAAGGGUAACGCCGCCGUCGGCGUCCGCGGUACAGACACCAUCGUUCUCGGCGUCGAGAAGAAGUCAGCCGCCAAACUCCAAGACUCCAGAUCAGUGAGGAAGAUUGUAAGCCUGGAUGAUCACAUUGCAUUGGCCUGUGCUGGGCUCAAAGCAGAUGCACGUGUCCUUAUAAACAGGGCACGGAUUGAGUGUCAAAGCCACAGGCUUACUGUUGAGGACCCAGUAACCGUAGAGUAUAUUACACGUUACAUUGCUGGUCUUCAACAAAAGUACACACAAAGUGGUGGAGUGAGACCAUUUGGUCUUUCUACUUUGAUUGUGGGCUUUGACCCAUAUACUGGUGUACCGUCACUAUAUCAGACAGAUCCAUCAGGUACAUUUUCUGCUUGGAAAGCCAAUGCAACUGGGAGAAAUUCUAACUCUAUGCGGGAAUUUCUGGAGAAAAAUUACAAAGAAACUUCUGGUCAAGAAACUGUGAAGCUUGCAAUUCGUGCUCUGCUCGAAGUUGUUGAGAGUGGGGGAAAGAACAUAGAAGUUGCUGUUAUGACAAAGGACCAUGGUCUGCGGCAACUUGAUGAAGCUGAAAUCGACGCUGUUGUUGCUGAGAUUGAAGCAGAGAAAGCAGCUGCUGAGGCUGCAAAGAAGGGCCCUCCUAAGGAAACCUAAUUUUCUCAAUUUUUUUUCUUUGGUUUUGCCUACUGAUGAUACUGUACUUUGAAAUCUUUUGAGAUACCGAGGCAAAAUUCUGUUAUGUUAAGUCUUUUUCUGGAUUUAAUGCGCGGAUUAAAAUGGUGAUCAGUAAGCUUUUGUACCGGGGUUCGGAAUGUGAGACUUUGCUAUUCUCUCGUUAUAAUGAUUUAAGUUCUGAAA